AUGAACAAUGCCAUUAUUUCACACCCCUUUCCUGAACAACACCAUUCGGUGAAAAAUAAGUAGCACUCCACCCCAUUCUCCUCUCCUCCAUUUCCAUAUACCAAAAUCACUUACACUAACUAACACCAAGAUAAACACAUACCAGCACCAGCUUAAGUAAUCAAAGUUACUGAAACUAACGCACACCAAACCCCAACCCCAACCCCAGCCCCCAAAGCCAAAAUGCCAACCCAAAACAUCAGAACCCUCCCCCGAGGCCAAUCCCCAACCCCGCCACAACCUGCCACGCCGAAAAAACCUUCCACCAUUUCUGCGGCCACAUCACCACAACCUACACCCAACACUCCCCCCUAUGCAGCGCCUCCCAAAACCAAGACGCACCCAACCAAUCGCGACCUGGUAGUUCCGGUUCCGGUUCCGGUUCCGGGUCCACCGGACCACGAAGCUCAACCCUAACACAAACACUCACGCGAACAGUAAGUCAAUCCGCCACAUCUGCCGUCGAAGCUUUAACCGACCUAGCUCGUCGUUUUACAGUCCAAUCGACAAAUUCGAGAGAAAUUCCUAUUACUUCUCUGGAGUUUUCGUUUGCCGCUCGGGUGCCUUGUCUUCAGGUGGUUGAUGAGCCGCUUUAUGAUCCUGCGCCUUGUAAGAGGUGUGCGGAGUCGAUGGGGUUGGGGGAGGGGGAGAAUGCAGAGAGUGAGAGGGUGAUGACGGAGAGGGAGGAGGAGGAGUGGGUGAGGAGGAGGGUGAAGGUUGAGGCGGAUAUGAGGGAGUGGGUUGUUAGGAUGAAUGAUUGGGAUGGUGGGGUUAGGGUUUUGAGGAGAGAUGUUGAUUGA